AUGUCCCAUCCUAGUGAAAAGACUGAAGCUGAAAAGCUUGCAGGCAUGUUAGCUAUACAUGCGGAAAUGACUCGCGGGUGGAAAGCAUCAAAAUUUCACGCCGUUCAAAAAGAAUGGGUGGAAAAAACGAUAUUUCCUUUGAAGCUAGUAGUGGAUUCCGCGUUAUCCAUGGGUGUUGGAUCGAUACAGGGUGGCACAAAUAGUUCUUACAAGUAUGAUGAAAGUUACGUUGCGCAGAAUGAGGAACGCGGCGAAGGGCAAAAAUUUGAUAUUCCACCAAGUAAAGUGUACUUUCAGGAUCCGGGUUUCACCGAUCUCGAAAAAUCGUUCAUCACUUCACUCGGCCAUACAGUAUUAGAGCAUCCCCAAGCAUACAAGAUACUCACACGGCGAACAUUUCUCUGUUCUUGUCGCUUAUAUAAAGAUGUUGUGGCAGCUUGCUUUGCCGCUGCCAUGCCGGACUUGCUGUUAUGUCACCACUUUGGAUGGAUAGUAAGUCAAGAGCCUUUACAUUAUUCUACACUCGAAACCGCGUAA